GUGUGUUCUUCAGCAUCCUGGGUCUUCCAUCUGCAGCAGCUACUCAGCCGUCAGCGCAGCAUCUGUAGUAGACAACGUGUUGAAAAAUGGCAGCGAAGAAGGUGCUGGUUGUUUACGCCCAUCAGAGCGCCGGGUCAUUCAACGCUGCGGCUAAAGACGCUGCUGUGGAGGUCCUGGGCACUCAGGGCUGCACGGUGGACGUGUCCGACCUGUACGCCCUCAAGUUCAAGGCCACGGCCACUGCUGAAGACAUCGUUGGAGAGGUGAAGAACCAGGAUCACUUCCGCUACGCUGAGGAGACCAAACUUGCGUGGAAGGAGGGCAAGCUGUCUGAAGACAUCGUGGAGGAGCAGCGCAAACUCACUCAGGCAGACCUUGUCAUCUUCCAGUUCCCCAUGUACUGGUUCUCAGUCCCUGGCAUCAUGAAGGGCUGGAUCGACCGGGUGCUGACGUCAGGCUAUGCCUUCACGCAGGAGAAGAGAUACAGCCAGGGCAUCUUCAAGGACAAGAAGGCCAUGCUGUCCUUCACCACCGGCUCAAAUGAGUCCAUGUUCAGUGCCAAUGGCAUCAACGGGGACAUGAAUGUCACCCUGUGGCCACUACAGAAUGGAAUCCUGCACUACUGCGGGUUCCAGGUCCUGGCUCCCCAGAUCUUCUGGGCUCCCUCUCAUGUGAAGGCUGAGGCUCGGGGCACCAUGCUGGGGGGCUGGCGUACCCGCCUGCAGGGUCUGCUGCUGGAGGCCCCGCUCUCCUUCACCCCGUCGGACUCCUUCGACGGGGCCGAGGGCUUCCAGCUGAAGCCCGAGGUCCAGGAGAAACACGAGGGCCAGGAGUUCGGGCUGACGGUGGGAACCCACCAGGGGAAGAGGCUGCCCCCCAACAGCCAGAUCAGAGCUGGUGUCUAAACCGUCUAAUAAAAUACUAUAAUAUUACUUUCACAUA